AUGCACUGGCCAGAGCUCAUAUCGUUCCAAGUGCAGUCCAACUCGUUUUCAGGGAAGAUUCAACCGGACCUCGGCAAGGCAACCAAACUGAAAAUCUUGUAUCUCUUCAGCAACAAGCUUGUCGGCUCUAUCCCUGCAGAGCUGGGCGAGCUGGUGAACCUGGAAGAGUUGGAUUUAUCGGACAACUCUCUCACUGGAGAGAUCCCCAGCUCGUUUGGCAACCUCAGGCAGCUCACGAGCCUGGUGCUCUCCUCCAAUCAGCUCAGUGCCACGAUCCCGCCGGAGAUUGGCAACAUGACAGCGUUGCAAGUCUUGGACGUCAACACCAACAGUUUGGAAGGUGAGCUGCCCGCUACCAUCACGUCGCUCAGGAAUCUCCAAAACCUUGCCCUACAUAACAACUACUUCAACGGUACCUUACCACCGGACCUCGGAAAGGGGCUAAGAUUAGCCGAUGUAAUUUUCGAGAACAACAGCUUCUCUGGCGAGCUGCCGCAGAGACUGUGUGAUGGCCUUGCGCUGCAGUUCUUCAUGGCGAAAGACAACAACUUCAGCGGUAGGCUGCCGCCCUGCUUGAAAAAUUGCAGAGAGCUGUCCUGGGUGUGGCUGCAUGGCAACCAAUUCACCGGCGACAUCUCUGAGGUGUUUGGUGUCCAUCCCAACUUGGAGAACGUUGAUGUCUCUGGGAAUCAGCUGACAGGGAAGUUGUCGUCUGACUGGUCAAUGUGCACAAAUCUUCAACACUUAAACAUGAAGGAUAACCGAAUAUCUGGCAAUAUUGAUGCAACCUUCUGCGCAUUGACCUCUCUCCUGACUCUGGAUCUAUCAAAUAACCAAUUCACCGGGGAGCUCCCAAGUUGCUGGUGGGAAUUCAAACUUCUGUUGACUAUGGAUUUGUCCAACAAUAGCUUUUCAGGUGAACUUCCUAUAUCAACGAGCCUGGACCUUAAACUCGAGUCACUUUUUCUUGCUAACAAUUGCUUUCUUGGAGUUUUUCCAUCCGUCAUUGAAACCUGCAGAGAUCUCAUCAUUCUAGAUCUUGGGAACAACAUGUUCUUUGGUGAUAUCCCCUCUUGGGUUGGAACCAGUGUCCCUCUUCUAAUAAUUCUGAGCCUCCCAUCCAACAACUUCAGUGGUGUCGUUCCACCCGAGUUAUCCCAACUUUCUGAUCUGGAAGUCCUGGACCUGUCCAGCAACUCCUUCUCAGGUGAGAUCCUCAUGGCCGUGGCAAACCAAAACUGCUCUCUCAAAUCGGUCCAUCUGGCCGGCAAUGGCUUUGCAGGCACCUUCCCACUGUUCCUGCAAGGCUGCAACUCACUGGUCAACCUGGACAUCGGGAACAACCUGUUCUUUGGUGGUAUCCCAACAUGGAUCGGGAGUCACCUUCCAUUAUUGAAAAUCCUUAGAUUUAGAUCAAACAAUUUCACCGGAGAAAUCCCCCCUGAGUUAUCGAGGCUUUCGCAACUUCAACUGCUCGAUAUGGCCAAAAAUAGCUUGAGAGGAUCAAUUCCGGUAGCCUUCGGCAACUUGACCUCCAUGAGGCAUAAUCUUCCCCCAUUUGACCCUGAUCAGGUUUUCCAUCUUGGUAGAGUCAACAUAUCUUGGAAGGGCCGUGAACAAACUUUUUGGAACGGCAUCGGGUUAAUAACAGGUAUCGAUCUAUCAUGCAAUUUACUUACAGAGAACAUCCCGGAUGAGCUAACACACUUGAAGGGUCUCCGGUUUCUGAACUUGUCCAGAAAUGACCUGUCGGGCAGCAUUCCUGAAAGAAUCGGCAGUUUGGAGCUCUUGGAGUUCCUUGACCUCUCAUGCAAUGAACUUUCAGGUGGCGUUCCUCCCAGCAUUUCAAAUCUGCCGUCCCUCAGCAUGCUAAAUCUCUCAAACAACCGCUUGGAGGGCCACAUACCCACUGGGAACCAGUUACAGACACUUGCAGAUCCAUCAAUAUAUGGCAACAAUCAGGGGCUCUGCGGCUUCCCGUUGAGCGUGUGUGAGCCCACGUCGGGAAAGAGAGCUGAAGACCACACAAAGCUCAGAGACCUUGGUCUGUGUUACUCUGUGAUUCUUGGCAUCGUUUUCGGCUUCUGGCUUUGGUUUGGAGCUCUGUUCUUUCUGGAGCAGUGGAAAUUUUGUUUUCUCCGUUGUGUUGACGGCUUAGGGAUCAAGAUAGCUGUCAGGAGCUAA